AUGCAGGAGAAGCCUGCAUACCUUCCCUCGAUGAAAGGUGAAAAGGCGGAUGCAAAAAUUCACCUUGUAACAGUGUCCCUCCAAUCUCAACGCAGUUCCUCCCGUGUCGCAUUCCUUAUCUCCUUCGAGAAGUAUGUCGGAGUGGAACUCGAAAAUCCUUCUGCAUUUGGAUAUCCUCCGAACCCCGAACAGUUGAAACGAAGCUGGGCAUACACAUUCUCGUGCUUUGAUUAUGUUUCACGAGUGUCCCUGGGUUAUCCUGGGCCCAUCACUGUGGGUGUCAAGGCCAUGCCUUCGUCGUUAGAUCUUACUCGGUACGGGCAAGACAGGCUUGCCCGCGGGAUGCCCAUCGCUAAUUGGGGUCUAGGCUCUGGCGGUCUCUUGGAGUCUUUGCUUUUAGAAGAGAUCUACAGCAAGGAUGGCCAUUUACAUCCGUUCUAUUUUCAUCGAAUGAGCCCGAUAAUGAACAAUGUUAUCUGGUGGAAGAUACUCCGAAGUGUUGUAUUCAGGCUUAACCACAACAGUGAAAAAGCAGAUGAUGCCAUCUCUGUGUAA